UUUCUUUGAUAUUGUAAAAUUUAUAUAGCAUUUAAAUGUUAUAUUUUUUGCAUUAAUCGUUAUCCUAUAAUGUAUUGUCACAACAUUAUGUGUGCUCCCAAAUAAAAACUUGUAAUGGUUAGAAACAAUAACUAAAUAACUAAAAUAACUAAAGAAAACGUUAAUAAAGAUAGGUACAACAUGGCUACCUUACUCACAAAUGAAGCAAAACUACGCUAUAUAAUGGAAUGGUUUCAAGAAUGGUCUGAAAUGGAAAAAAAUGACUUUCUGGAUGUACUUAUCGAAGAAUGUGGACCUCCGAAUCUUGUUCAUAGAUUGUUAUCUAAGAUGAAACAUUUAGCAAAAGUUGUAGAAGACAAACCAACUCUGUUUCGAUGUCGUAUAAAACUCUUUCGACAAUGGACUCAUAAUUGGUCUCAGCAGGAAAAAGACCAUUUACUUUCAUCAAUCAAAAACGCUGAUGCUGCAUUUGCACAAAAAUAUGAUGAAAAGCUAUUAUCAUUAUCACGUACUGAACGUAAAAAACAAUCUGACAAGAAGGAAACAUAAACAAACACCUUGGAGCAUAUAAUCUUCUUUAUUAUUGUAGAAGAGGUUUAUGAGAGAAUGUCUAAGAAUAGGAAAAAAUGAAAAAAUAUUUAUGAU